AUGGAUCUUAAUCAUGACAGCGCGACAGAGCGGUACACCGAGACGUUGACCUCUGCCCUCACUUACUUCAGUUCGCUCGCCCAGUCAAGUUCCGGUUGGAAGCGACUUUCUUCCGCCUCUGUCCGACCCAACAAAAACGGGUCAUCCGGAUCUCCGGGAAGUGCAGGACGAAGCGGGACAGGAGCAACAUCAUCAACAGCAUCAUCUCCAGUGGCAAGUCGACACAACGAUGAUAUCCUUUCUAACUUGCCGGGAGGAGCAUCAGCCUCGUCAGCAGCCUCGGCUGCUAUCGAAUCCCUCCUCCCUGCCAUCACCGUCUCCAAAAAGAGCGUUCCUGGAAAAUCAGCCGAGAUUGUCAGGGCGAGCAUUGUCCUCCCAGGAUUGAACGAGCAAACGGAUCUGGAGGACUGGAGGGCUGUCCUGGAGUGCUCUGGUGCACGCAAGAUCUCCACGUCCAUCAAGCCUUCACAUGACGACCCCAUCUUUCUGCGACCCUCACCACCACAUGUGCGCGCAUACCUCCCGCUUGUCGCUUGGCAUAUUCAGCUCGUGCCUGCAGACAUGGACGACACUGUCUCGUUCACAUCCUUCAAUUCACUGACAGCAUCGCAGAACAAACCCGUCAUGCCCCGACAUUCAAUCCGAGUCAGCUUUUAUUAUCAAAUUGACAUGCGUGGAUGGGCAGUCAAUUCUUCGGUUUCUAUGCAGUCGCAUGUCCCCUCAUGCAUCGCCAACGUCUAUCGCCUACUCCGACGACAGGGAGUACCGCCGCAUGUGAGCCGGCAUAGCCCACGGAUACAACUGGAUCUCAACGAAUACGACCCAGCGACUGGCAUCUAUGAGCUGCGGUACGAUGUCAUCCCAUCCGACUCGGAGGAUUUACUGUUAGGACAGAGGACCAUUUCCAGUGCAUUGAAGCGGUUCCGGUUAGGAGGCGCUGCUGUGGAAGAAGGACCAGAGCUGGGCAAGGUCGCACAGGAUUCGUCAAGUAUACCACAAGAGCUGGUACUAUCGGACGAUGAAGGCGACGAUCUCGAGAACAAUGGAGACGGUAAUAACCCCCAGCAUGGAUAUGUCGACGUCGAGUUGGAUGGCGAAAAGUGGGGCCUUGGCAGCGACAUUGUGGUUCACAUCUUUAUGAAUGACAUCGAGGACGAGGAGUUUGUGCAGGAACAUGUCGAAUGUCUCAAAUACAUGGGCAGGGAUAGGUACAUUCUCCGGAUGAAGCACACCGAGACUGGACCUCACCAUGGCGCGAUAAAUGUCAAGUUGCGUAUAGAGCGGAUACCACAAGAGACGUCUGGAAGCGCCAACCUAUUGAGUCAUCAACAGCUUCGAUUUCAGCGCCAGCAGCAGGAGCGUGAAAACGAGCAGCAACAGCAGAAUCAACUGGGUCAAGGCCAGUUGCCCACCUCUGACCUCAACAACCUCAGCGUCUCGGUUAACGGACAGGAAAAGAACAUUUUACCAUUCCACCGCUCCUCCAUCCCUCCAACCAAGCGUCUCAGUAUGUCACUUCAAGAACAGCUGGAGCUCAGUCAACAGAUUGUGCAGGAAGUCGAUACUGGCCCGUCUCACUGGCAGGCUGGUUCUGACGGUCUGGAUGGUCAGGAAGUCAGGACGACAGCUUCACCUUUGCUGCUCAUGUCUUCGUCGAUGCCUACAACGAUGCAAAACCUGAACCGGAGUAACCUAAGUAUCAUGAGUAACGGCACCAGCACGAUGCAGCCCGGGAACACCAACCCCAGCAAAGUCAACAGCAGCUAUGGAUACUUCAACUCGCUCGUACAAGAACCUGUGACUUCUUGGAAGCCUAUGUCCAAGCAACGAGGCGUUCAAAUCUCAAAACUUGAGGUCCAAGGCCACGCUCCUGGGAUUGUCAAGGGCGAGGGUAUCUUUGAGGACUAUACCAUCUGGGACAUCAAGGCCGUUCUCGACUGUCCCUCCGCCCGCAAAAUUUUCGCAUAUGUUGCAGCAUGCUACGCCGAGUUCGAUUCUUUCCUAUGUACGCUUCAAAGGAUUCUGGCCAGCAAGGAUAUGGCGGUGUUGAAUACGACAUUUAUAACCAAGGACGCGAUUCACUACUUUGCGACAUCAGUCGACGACACCAACUUAUAUCCCGCCAUUCCUCCACCAGUAUCACCCUUUGUCAGAUCGGAACUUGUCGUCUCGGGCUGGUAUCUUCAGACCGUCAAACCCAAGAGCGUCCGGAUAGUGUAUAUCGCCCACGCAGCACCUACGGGAUGGAUGGUUCCAGGAACGGCCCUUGGCGCCAUGGCAACGGAGAUGCCACUCUGCGUCGCAGAGAUAAUCAAGUACCUCGAGACUUACGGAAGCCCGCCCACGUUGGUCAGCAUCCGUAGAGGUCGUGCCCUGGGUGUUGAAUAUUCUCACGAAAAAUCGUCAUUCCGACUGGAGUAUGUGCAGGACAGCAACCCCAUCUUUUCAGGACACCGACAGCCCCUACAGCAACAGCACCAACACCAUCAGUCUUUGUCAGCGGAUCGGCAACGGAGGAGUACGGUUGAUUUAACGGCUGGAGUUGGGUCCGGCGAUCCUCAGCAGUUUGGAUCGCCUAAACUUGGCCCGACUGACAAGCUCUUGGCCGAGAUUCGUCUGGAUGCGCGUGUCUGGGCGAGAAAUGGUGACUGCGAUAUUACCAUCGACCCGCCACCAUCCAAGGUCUCUUGUUCCAGCGUUCCUCAUGAUGGAACAGGGUAUCGACUCAGGAUUGAGCACUCCAGUGGGCGAGCGGUACCAGCAGGAGGGAAAGUGUUACUGAUGGCACGGAAGCCUACCAAGCCAGGAUGCGGUAUUGUCGUCAAUGGUGUCCCGAUCAACAUGCCUUCCAUGGAGCACCUCUUGACGUGGAUGCCCCACCACGCCCUACUCGCAGACAAGGACAAGUCCCAAGCGCCUUCAUCUGUGGAUGGUGCAUUGGCAGAGAAGGAGAGCCAAGCUGGCGAAGAGGAUGAGUCUGGCGAGAAGGCGGCCAAUGGAGCCGGAGAGAAUGGUCAGACAUCGGAGCCAGGAGUGAAACGGGGUCCGUCGACCCUUAUGUCUCCGCUGCAGUAUGCGCAAGGUGCGAUGGACCUACUUUCCAAAAUCAACAGCGACCCCGAGGAUUCAUGGACUGUGGUGUCUGACAGCAAGGGUGGAAUGAGAGUCACGAAACGGUUCAUGCCCUCAGAGAUCUCGGAUCAGGUCCCUUUGGUUCGAGGGGAGAAGGUCAUCGAGGGGUUUUCUCUCGAGGAGAUUGCCACCGUCAUCGGAACCCUUGGAACUCGAGCCAAGCUGGAUGACUUGUACGAGUCAGGAGAAAUGCUGGAGUCAUUUGGUGCUGGAUGUUCAACCUUCCAUCAUGUCCUCAAGAGCUUCUUCCCACUUCCUCUCCCUGCCCGUGAUUUGUACUUUGUAACAGCCACAGCGUUUGCCGAGGCGAGUGCUCGUUGUCCACAGAUCGUCAUCAUCUCAACAUCGAUCCCUCACGGUGGCGCCUCAAAGGCAACGGAUGAAGCUUCAACCUCAACAUCAACCCCUCCACAGUCUCGCCCAAGAGCACACUUGCAUCUGUCAGCAUGGAUCCUCGAGGGUAUCGACCCAUAUAGCUCCAACCAUCCGAUUCCUUCCACGCGAGUGACUUUUAUGACCGCCUUGGAUCUCGGAGGCUCUGUCCCACAGAGAAUCAGCGGCAUGAUCCAGACCAUGUUCCCAAAGAUGAUCACCCAAGUAGAGAGCUAUCUCCAAGCCCAAGCAGCUCCUCCCAUUAUCCGCAUCCCGGAACAAAUGGUUGUUGUGGUGGAGCCAGCGACAACGGAUGAAAAUCUGCUACAGCUGCCUCCGAUCGUGCCAUGGAUCAAACCAGCCAACAGGAUCGUCAGCUGGGACUUCAAGAUGAAAGAGUACUAUUGCGAGCUCAUUCUACUCUUUGACCAAUUCCGGUUGAAUCCUUCUCGACUGGACCUUGCGAAGGAGAUUCGAGCCAAGAAGAGCAAGAAGGCGAGGCGCAAGUCGAAACAGCACAUUAAAAAGUCUGGAAGCCCGGAGCAGAAUGUAUCGGAUGAAGACCAGGAUGAGCAGACUACCAAGGACGAGUCCGCAAAAGUCAAGAGUCGAACUGUUAUGGAAUUGGUUGUUGAUCUGAAGCAGUACCCGAUGGGCUACAACAUCAUCACCAACAUCAAGGUCGAUCCGGAGCUGCUGUUGCAACACAAGCAGCAACGCGAUUCGGGAUUGAAGCAGGCCAUGUCUAGUUCUGUAUCGGCUGUCAAACUCACAGGAUCGACUAGCAGCCCGGGCACGACCGCCGCCAGUUCUGCGGCCAGUAAGCUCAUUGGAGGAUUUGACGGCAAUGGCAAGGGAUCAUUAGCUGAAUUGAAUGGACGAUCGUCUCUUGACGGAGAUGUUGCGUUCCACAAGAGCAUGUCGUCUGAGGCCGCGACAAGUGGAACUGGAAUUGCGGCGGUAUUGGGCGGUUCGGCUAAUGUCCCCCGGGCUCUUCCUUCAUCGACUUCGCUGAUCAGAAUCUUGCCGCCAGCGAUAACGGUCAACAUUAUCGACAUUCCUCCCGCGCCCUCGCACUCGUCCUCGCUCUCUGGAGUGUCCAAGAGACGCAAGCACCUGAUCGUCAUCACGGUUCCCGAGGCUGAGAGCAGUGCGUCCUAUCUCCAAUCGCUUCAACAGGCGGCAGCGGCCCCUCUGGCUCUGAAGAGUGCAGCGCCACAUGCGAUCUCUGGAGCGACCGCCAAACCCGUCGUCACGGCAAGCUCAGUCGCAGGAACGACUUCGACCAUGUUCCCAGACAGCGAUCACAUGGAGUACAGGCAGAGCCGACACCUGACAAACUCCUCAUCGUCUCAGGAACUGGGAUCUACAACAGAGACUACGCGACCUGCCUUUUCGCCUGGCACUGCCACGCCCGAGCCUAGCGUCAAACAACAGCAGGAGCAGCAACACCCUCAGCAGCUGUCAUCAUUGUCAGAACCACCAAAACUUGAAGUGGAGACGCGCGUCUUUCAGUUUGGAGUCAAGAUUGACCGAUUGGAACACAAGGACCUCGACCAUCAGGCUCUCAAAGAGGCCAAGGAGAACCCCAAGUCGUCGCCUGAUGAGCAGGAAUGGCUGGGUCGAGUCAUGGUCGAUGGAAUGCCUGUUAAGGUUGCUACAAGCUGGAGUAGGCAUGAACUCGGGUUCUUGGACGGCAUGAUGGAGGAUCUUGACGACCCCCAGGACGGACGAGGAUCGAGACGGAAGAAAUUGUCGUCUCGGCGGAAGAGCUAUGGCAGUGCUGAGCAGGACGAAGGGUCGGAUCUUAGAAGUGCAGAUUCCAUGGAUGAUGAGCGGUCAAGGCGGGAUGCUGAGGAUGAGACCCCUGAACAGGAGAGACGUGGCAGCCGGACAGUAUCUCGUCGCAGGAAGCAUCACCGUCAGCAACUUGGUCUUUUGGCUGAUCCUCAUGAGCCGGAGUCUGAUUCUGCCUUCAAAAACCACAAUGAACGCAUCUCUGAUCCAAUUCCGGAUGGCGCUCGGCCCACGAGUACGUUGACCGGCUUUUCAGGGUUCCUAAUGAGCGUUGGUUUGUUGGGUAGUAGUGGUUCCAAAGGAUCGCAAGGUGGUAGUGUGGACGCGGCACUUGAUGAGCCCGAUGCAGAGUCCAACGAGAAUAGCCGUCGCCAGUCUGCGUUGGAGUAUGAUGACCUGGAUGACGAUAGAACGAUCCGUGCAAGUAAAAGUACGAGCCGUGGCGGUAUCAGUGGUAUCUUGAAUGGAACUGGUAGCAGGGGCAAGGCGAAUGGGCGUGACCGGAAGCAUGACGACCACGACCUUGAUCUAGAGAGCCUGCAUGGGUCGAUUGUCUUUCAUGACCGUGAGGAUGAUACUGACCAAGGAGGGUAUAGCCACCGAUCAGGUGAUGAGCUACCCCGCUCGACCCAGUACGUGGAGGAUGAGAACCGAGGAUCGAGAGCUAUGGACAAAGAUGUUUCCGACUGGGCACACGAAUCUGGCACGAUGCGCAGACGAAAGGGCAGAUCUGCUCAACAGCCACAGAACAAGGACCUAUCACUCAUUCGACCAUCUCUGGAUACUGUCCGAUCACCACGCGAUCCUUGUGAACCUAUCGAAUCUGGAGGCCCCGACUCUGAAGUUGACUCGAGAUUAGCUCACCGUAGACGAAACAGUCGGUCCUCGGCAUCAAAGUACCAAAGAUCGAGGAUUGUUCAUGCCAGCAGCACCUCGGCGACGGCUCGUCGGACAGGAUCGACCAAUGGAGCAGAUCAUCCUCGGUUCCGAGGGUCGCUGCUUUAUGCGUACACGUUCAGGAACAUGGUCUGGUCUGCGAUUGCCUUCUUCCUGAUCGGUAUGCUGUUGAGGGUCUAUGUCAUUGGCCCUUCGUUCCUCAAGACUGCCAACUCGAAUAUUGACGGAAGGGGCGCCAACUCGGGAUCCGCGACGACCACGGCGUAUUAUUACUACUACCGCGCUGCAGCUCCGACUGGCCAUAGGCCGACCGGAGGAACGUUCAAGUCUACAUCGCCUUUAGGGUCUCACUUGCCUAUUGGAGGUGGAGGUAGUGGUCGAAAGGAAGAUGGUUAUGAGGACGAUCGGGGUGAAGGCGUUACGAGUGGCGAAAUGGACAGUUCUGUCUGGCCACAGGGGAUCCGGGAAGUGUUUACGGUUCGUCGUAUCCUUGGAUGGGAUUUUGUCUUUCUCGCAUAUCCCUCACAAGACUUGCAACAGCAGCAGUCAUCUUCUUCCAAGUCAUCUCCUUCGUAG